AUGCUUGCAUACCGCUUGCAUGCGAACGACGGGCACACUGGCCGUACUCGAUUAAGGAGGAAUCGGAUGGGAUCAGCCCUUGACAACGUCGGUGCCAGUGGUGGGACGAAGCACAGAAGCCGGAUUGCCCACGACCUCGUGAAACAUGAACAGUGCAAAUUCGAUGACAUGCUGCAGUAUUUUCUCGAGCGAUGUCUCAUCGACCCAAAUGCUGCUCCGAAUGAUGCGCGCUUGAGCGUCUUGCAAUCAUGCCUCGAAGGGGUGCUUCCAAUCUGCAACAGCGAGGAUAUGAAGCAAAGGCUUGUGCACUAG